ACCGGAUCCGGAUCGGUCGGUCGCCACGUCGACCAUAACAGUACCUGAUUUAAAAAAAAAUCUCAAAUCGCUGAACGAUCGCCGCAUAAAGCCAGGCUCUCACUUUUGAUCCCGAUCCCGAUCAUCUGUCGCGAUCGGCUGCUUUUUAAUUGCGGCCCAUGGGUGGAACAACCACGCACAAACAACAACUCUGCAUUCAUGGAAGUUAUUUUAUUGUGAUACGGAUUUUAUCGUCAUUUUAGCUACGUAAAUCUUUCCUAACUUAAAUAAAACUCGCCACCCAAAUCAUGGUGGAUUUAGGGGGUUAUGUAAUAAUUCUGGUAGAAACCAAGGACAAAAAGAUCAAGCUUUAUGGAUCGCCAGCCGACAAAGACAAUUUGGAAGUUGGAGAUGAAAUUUUGGAGGUGAACGGGAAAACUUUGGAGGACGCCACACAUACAGAAGUUAUUAGUCACAUUCAUCAGUGCAUUCGAUCAAGGACAAUAUGCCUGCGUGUGAAGAGAAGAAGUGGUGCCCGUUUGGCGGUGGACUUAGACCUGUGUUCAAGCAACGUACAAGAUGCUUUCGUCAUUGCGGUGGAGCAGCAGGCUCGAGAGCGUCUCGAGCGUCUCUCAGCGCUCAAGCGCAUCACGCCCGUCGACAUGACAAAACUAUCACAACAGCUGAACCAGCAGAGCUCGGCAAGCAGCGAGGACUUGAACGGCUUCAUCAGCAACUCCCCGAUUUACGUGACAUCGUUGACCGCCACCGAAAGUUCGAAGCCCUCAUCCACAGGAAACAGCAAAGCGGGCGCAGGUGGUUUGGUGACGGGCGGCGCGGGCGGCGUCCUAUCCACCACCACGACCGUCGUGGCCGUCAACAAGGACGUGGUCGUCACACCGAAACCGUUGCCGGUCUUGCCCAACGGCCAUCAUCUCGAGGGCCAGACCGACGCCCAGAACCAGAGUCUGGAGGUGCGGAAGCUCGGCGACAGACGGGCCUCGUCUCCCUUCCAGAACGGCAGGACCGAAUUGCUCAUCGGGGCGGAGGACAAUAAGCUCAAGACCACCGCCAUCGUCGAGAGCAACAACAAUAAAUUGGCCGUCGACGCCGAGAACAGGCCUCGCAGGAGGUCGGGCAGCAGCAUAGUGGUGCUGGGCGGCGAUAUCGAAAUCGAACCGGUGAAGAGAUCGCUGGACGAGAUCGAUGACAGUCUGGAUUACAGUAUGGUGAUGAUGUUGGCGGGCGACAACGGACCGCAUCGCGAAAUGGCGGUCGACGUGCCCGACACAUUCGUCGCCCGUAACAAGACGCCGCCUCGUUACCCGCCCCCAAAACCAAUCCUGCAGGUGGGAUACGAUCGUCUUCUGGGCGUAAGUUUCGGGGACGAGAACCAGGAACGUGCCAUCGAUGUGCCCGACAAUUUUGUCGAAAGAAAGAAGACACCCCCCAAAUAUCCCUCCCCCAAACCCGUCAAGACCGGGGUAAAUGGAACGACGCCCCAGCCACCACCGGCGACACCCUCGUUGGUGACGACGCCCACUCCGGGCGGUAAGCCGGUGCCACCGCCCCGGGAUCAUCUGAAAAUCGAAAAGGACGGGCGACUGGUUAACAGGGCGCCGCCCCCGCAAUUGCCGGCCCGCAUUCCGAAUAACAGUGCGGCGGCGGCGGUUGCGGUGCCCACCACGCCGUCCACGCCCCAGGAACCGACCAGGGAACAAUUGGAUAGCAUCAAGAAGUAUCAAGAACAGAUCAGGAAAAGGAAAGAGGAGGAGGAAAGGAUAGCCGCACAAAAUGACUUCCUCAAUCGUUCGUUGCGGGGAUCGCGUAAGCUGCAGGCGCUGGAGAGCAAACCGCAGGGCAGCAUCAACGACGCGUUCGCCGAGGACGAGGCCCACGACUCCUCCAGGUCCAUCACGCCCUCCGCAUCCGAAAAGGAAGCCGUGCACAUCCAGUACACUUAUGGAGAACUAGUUGCGGUGGUCCAGAGGUUGCAAUUGCAGCUGAAAAAGGCGGGAGCCUCAGGUGGCGGGCUUUCCGGUCUCGAAGGCAGAGUGGCGGCCGUCCAAAGUCUGUUGCUGUCGCCGCAGUUCGGACGUGCGCUGGCCGUCCACAAUCGUGUGCAGGCUGUCCGUUCGCGAUCCGCCCCUAGGCCGCCGCCAGUCGCCCAGACCGCACUAAGGGACUGUCUGGAUGCGUUAGGCGGGUCGCAGAGCGCCCACGCCGUUGAACUGGCCUCACUCCUAACUGGAUACGAGUUGGAGGCUUUGAUGGUGGCCCACGAUGGGGUAGCAUCGACACUGCCGGCCGAUUCGACAACCCCAACGCCAUCGACGGCGGAAACCAUCCCCACAUCGUCCGUAGCCGACCACCGGUACGGCGAAGACAACAUUAAAAUAAUUAAGAUAGAGAAAAGUACUGAACCACUCGGAGCCACCGUACGAAACGAAGCUGACGCCGUCGUCGUCGGUCGUGUGGUUCGAGGCGGUGCAGCCGACAAAAGCGGCCUCCUCCACGAAGGGGACGAAAUCCUGGAAGUGAACGGCAUAGAAAUGCGAGGUAAAAGUGUAAACGCAGUCUGCGACAUACUGCAGGCGAUGGAAGGCACCCUCACCUUCUUGAUAGUGCCGGCUUCGGCGCAAGCACGUUCUCACCCCGGAAGAGACUCAGUUCUUCACGUCAAAGCGCACUUCGACUACGACCCCGAAGAGGACAUGUACAUACCUUGCAGGGAAUUAGGAAUUGGCUUCCAAAAGGGGGACGUGUUACACGUGAUAAGUCAAGACGACCCGAACUGGUGGCAAGCCUACAGAGAGGGCGAAGAGGACCAAACGUUGGCUGGAUUAGUGCCCUCACAGUCGUUCCAGCACCAACGCGAAAGCAUGCGUCUCGCCGCCGAAGAACGGAUGUCGAAACCCCAAAGGAAAUCGUCCACACUUUUAUGCGGCAAAACAGCCAAGCGGAAGAAAAAAAAGGGUGCGUGGGCGGAAGGUGGUUAUCCGAUGUACGCCAACGCGGUCGAAGAGUGUCCGGAUCCGGAUGAAAUUUUGACCUAUGAAGAGGUCGCACUAUAUUAUCCCCGGGCCAAUAACAAAAGGCCGAUUGUUCUGAUCGGACCGCCGAAUAUUGGCAGGCAUGAACUCAGGCAAAGGUUGAUGGAGGAUGCCGAAAGAUUUGCCGCAGCAAUCCCACACACAUCAAGAGCGAGGAAAGACAACGAGGUAGACGGACAAGAUUACCAUUUCAUAACCAGAGCGCAAUUUGAGGCGGACAUCCUGUCGAGGAAGUUUGUGGAGCACGGCGAGUACGAGAAGGCGUACUACGGCACGUCGCUUGACGCCAUCAGAUCAGUGGUGAAUUCCGGAAAGAUUUGUGUACUGAAUCUUCAUCCUCAAAGUCUCAAGAUCUUACGCACUUCCGAUUUGAAGCCGUACGUGGUGUUCGUGGCUCCGCCCAGUUUAGAGAAGCUGCGACAGAAGAAAAUACGAAACGGGGAAACAUACAAGGAAGAGGAAUUGAAGGACAUAAUAGAGAAGGCUCGGGACAUGGAAGACAAAUAUGGUCACUUCUUUGAUAUGGUGAUAAUUAACAAUGACACAGAAAGGGCGUAUCAUCAGUUGCUCAGCGAGAUCAACAGUUUGGAGCGUGAGCCCCAGUGGGUGCCAGCCGCUUGGAUCAAGGCGCUCUAGAACGCGGCCGCGAUUAAAGCUUUAGCUGGGCUUUCGAUGAUUUUUUGGACCUGACUGUGGACCAUAGUGCGGGGUUUUGGCACUCUAAUCAAAUCGUCGAUGUGACGACUAAAGCUUUAACUAAACAAACAUUUAAUUGACUUAAUGACUGAGAAUAAUUUUUCAUCAAAACUGUAUAUAUUGAUGAUUUUAUAAAGAAUUGUUGACUGAUUAAAAUCCUUUAUCUAAGAUUUCUCUAUAGAGAAAAAUUAUCGUCAAUCGGGUGUUUUACAUGUGCCCCAAAUCCAGAACAAAUGAUUUACAGUUUAAUUGUUUAAUCGUCACUCAAUUAUUUUCAGUUCUCCGCAUCCCCAAAAAUCGAUGAAACCGAGAUUAAAACCAACCCGUGCAAAACCCCCGAUUGAAAAAUGGUUGUGAGAGAUUAAAAAAAAUGUUUAUGAAGGUGCUAGUCGAUACGGCUUUUUACAGUAUACUUUUCGGUAUCACGUCCCCCCGUACUAGUGAAAUUAAAUAAAUGUGUUCGGCCGAUCCGCGAGCGAACCAAACAUUGAUAAACUUGAAAAGUCCGUUGUCUUUUUCAUUCCAUUGAACCGACGAACAUCACAUCCUCUUUAAAAUUCUCCUGUGAUCCACGCCGCAACACGCUGAUGUUGUGUUGACUAUGAAGAAUUGAUAGAUUUAAAAAGACGGCAAUAAUGAUUGUAUAUAAAUAGGAACAUAACAAAAUCGUGUUUUUAGUUGUUUAUAGCUAUGUACUUAGCAAGACUCGAAUGUAUUGUAUAUAAGAGUUAUUCAUAUUUGUCUCAGUAGACGCGUCUUUGUCCAUUCAAGCUCGACACUUAUUGUUAAUAUCUAGAAACCAACAAGUAACAUAAUGCCUUAAUACAAAUGUGUGUCAAAUCCCUGAAUACUCAAAGUUUCGAGUUUGGCGAGGAAAGACGAAAAAUAUUUAACUUGAAACGACUAAAAAAAAUUUUUCAUUGGUGUUAGUUCAAAUUUUCAACCUAUUUCCAAACUCUCGAUUAUGUUAUGCGUGAUUAAAAAAAGAGUUUUAAGUAAUGUGUUCUGACUGUGUCGAGGACAAAGUUAUACAUUAGAUUUACAUAGAGGUUUUUGUUGUUUACUUUUUAUAUGUACUUAUUUUAUAUCUCCUACAUUUAACUAGAUAACUUUUAAAAUAGAUCAUAUAGGUGCAAUUUUCCCAAUUGAUUAUAGUCUUGUUUAUUUUAUAUUGUAUUGAGUAUUAAAAAAUCGGCGUGAGGAAAUUGUGGGACGUUGUUUAGAUUUUCUUACACCGAUGCUUACGUUUAUAUAAAUAUUAUAAUAUAUUUUAGUUAUGUAUACAUACUUUUUAGAAAUCUGAAGUCAUAAUUAUAUUUUGUUUAUUUAUUUGUUAUUAUUUAAUUGUAUAUAAAAGAUAUCAAAUGUAUAUAUUAAGAUCAGACCCUAUGGAGUCUGUAGAUAUGUCGUGUAUAAUACUUAUCGUUAGUAUUUUGACUUCGGGGUUCCUUUUAUUAAAUAUUUUAUUAUGCAUAAAUCAUUGUUUUAGAAUUGCAGAAAUAAACAUUUCUCACUAUU